CGCCAUGUGUUUCCUCUGAUAUUUACCUUUUUGAUUUUCUCGAGAAAAAUGGUGACUGAAAGAGUCGGAAACUGACUGACUGACUAGUCGGGGAUUUCCGGAGAGAUGGCUAUGGCAGAAGAAAACGCGGCGGGGAAUGCUAUUUGUUCAAUCUGCUACGAAGAUCUCAAACCGGUUGUUGAGAAUCUGCAAUCAAUCUCCGCUUGUGGCCAUGUCUUUCACGAACUUUGUUUACAGCAAUGGUUUGAGUACUGCCCGAGUACGAAUAAGCGAAAUUGUCCGAUUUGUAAGCAGAAGUGCUCUCUAAAGGAUCCUUGCCGACUUUACUUUCAGUCUUCCGGGAAUCAAAUCGCCUCGGAAAAAGUCGUUGAAAUCGAAGAAGAUCCGGUUUUGUUGAGAGGAGAAGUGAAGCGGCUCCAAGAGAAGACACAAAAUCUUACUUCGGCUUUGGAGGCGAAGAAAAAAGAGAAUGUUCAAGUCUCUGAUAAGUUGCAUCAAUGCAAUGAACAAUUGAAGGAGGAUAAAGUGAAAAGGUGGGAGGCUAUUCAAGAAAUAUCAACGACUCAGCACUUGCUUAAGUUAAAAUCUGAGGAAUGUUUCCAGCUUAGUUCACAGUGUGCUAAGCUACAGGAGAGAACUAUGGCUCUUGCUAAGGAGCUCGCUGCGCUUAAAUUGGUUUCUGAUUUAAGCUUGGAGGAAGAUGAUGUUCUGAAGCUAGCCUUGUUGGGGAAUAAUGCUAAGACGAAAGAUACAAUAGACACACUAGUCAAGUCCUUGGUCAUCCGAAAUAGGAGCUAUAAGGAAUUGCUGGCCAAGUGCAAUCAGCUGGGCAGAGGCGAAGCGAGAUCUUCUGAGAAACUUGAAAAAGCUUUGGAAAAGAUAGAUAAACUAAAGAAGCAAAUGAGGGAACUUGAGUUGAUAACUGAAGCGAGAGAGAACAGAGCUCUACGGGACAUAAACGUCUCAAAGAAUUGCAGUUACAGAGAAUUAUCCGAGCCUGCAACCGAGAGCAUGGCUUCUUUCAGAAUGUUUCCAUCAGACAACAAAAUGGAGAAAAUUUCCACACCACCUGGUAAAUUAGAAGAAAAUGAUGGCUAUACCAACCAAGGAUCAUGUUUAAGGGGAAGAGAAGGCUCCUUUGUUAGCAGAACAGACUCGGUUAUAGAUGUAGAUGAUGAUAUUCCCGAAACCACCAUUUCUGGCAUCAGACAUUCGGAUACUAAUAUUGAAGAGAAAUGUGAUAAUCCUGUGGUGAAGGAUAUAAAGUUCAACAUCAGAGAAAACCCGACAUCAUCAGUCUCACCUCACAGCAAUGGUGCUGGAAACAUUUGGCAGUCAAAUCGAAACCUUGGUAGAUGGAGCAAACAUGGAGAGAGAAACGAAGCAACUCCAUCACUAGGAGGUUCUGUUCCAAGCAAAGAUGAUCUAAUCGCUAUUGGACCUGAUGGUAAAGGUGGAAGAAUCAAAGUGCUGAGAUCUAAACCCCAAAUUUCUAACGCCAAUACAAGCUCAGGAAGUAGUGGUAAGAGAUUCAAGCUUGGAACUAAAACAAGUGGCUCGUCCUCUCAAGUGAAAGGACUUUUGAAGAAGAAUUGCGAAACGCAAAAGCUGUACCCAAAGCGAAUCGCGAUUUCGAGCUCUAUGGUGUCCGUAAACCCUAGACCUAAGGGUUUUCCAAUUUUCGAUCCCGUGAACAUGAGUUUACCAGGCUCUGAUGGAUUUGGUUCCAAUCCGAUUGCUACGAUUCCGGCCACCGGACGGACCAGUACGGUGUCGUUUUCUGAAGAUCCGACUACGAAGAUUCGGAAGCCGUACACAAUCAAGAAGUCGAGAGAGAAUUGGACAGAUCAAGAACACGAUAAAUUUCUAGAAGCUCUCCACUUAUUCGAUAGGGAUUGGAAGAAGAUAGAGGCAUUUGUAGGAUCAAAAACAGUGGUUCAGAUACGAAGCCAUGCUCAGAAAUACUUUCUCAAAGUUCAGAAGAGUGGUGCUAACGAACAUCUUCCACCACCUCGACCAAAGAGGAAAGCGAGUCAUCCUUAUCCGAUAAAGGCUCCAAAAAAUGUUGCUUUUACCUCCCACGUCAUUGGAUCCCUUCCGUCUUCGAGCACACUACCUUUGCUUGAGCCUGGUUAUUUGUACAGCUCUGAUUCACAGCCGUUGCUGGGAAACCAGGCUGUUUGUGCAUCUAGCUCUUCUUCGUGGAAUCAUGAAUCAACGAAUCUGCCUAAACCGGUGAUUGAAGUAGUAGAGGAACCGGGAGUCUCGGCCACUGCUCCUCUCCCAAAGAAUCGCUGCGGUAAGGAAGAUACACGGAGGGUACGAGCAGUGACAAAGCCGAAUGACGAAGAAAGUUGUGAAAAGCCACAUAGAGUGAUGCCGAAUUUUGCUGAAGUUUACAGCUUCAUUGGAAGUGUCUUUGAUCCUAACACAUCAGGCCACCUCCAGAGAUUAAAGCAGAUGGAUCCAAUAAAUAUGGAAACGGUUCUUUUACUGAUGCAAAACCUGUCUGUAAAUCUGACAAGUCCCGAGUUUGCAGAGCAAAGGAGGUUGAUAUCAUCAUACAGCGCUAAAGCUUUGAAAUAGAGGUAGGAAAAAACAACGAUGUACCUUAAGUGAGAGCUAGAGACAUUCAUCCAAGGUAUGUGCAUUCCUUGGAUUUGAGCAGAACCAAUCGCAAGGACUCUUAGAUGGCUACUGAGUUGUGGUUUUUAUGUCUCUGUAAGUCUUGGUGGAGCACACUUGUUUGUCCUUUCUUGUGUAUGUGUAUGUAUAGAUAGAGAAUAGAGGGUUUUGCAAAGU